AAUCAGUUGAGAAUGACCCCUGCUGGAGAGCGUACGUGUUUGAACGAUUAAGAUGUGAUUACGUUGUAUAUAUUGUUAUAAAAAUAAACACUAUUUAUACUAAUAAACCUAUUAAAAUAUCAUUAUAAAAUCAUCAUCGAAAGUGACUUGUGAAUUAAGUGAGUUUAUAUCGGAAAACAUUCAGCCAUAAAACAUGCAUAGGGCAAUACUGCUUGCGUGCGCGGCACUCGCGGCACACGGUGCGCUCGCGCAGCAGGUGGAACGCCGGAUUGGCAACUUCAGAGAAGUGUUCGCAUGGAAGCAGAUGACUUUCAACAUCAACGGACAGACACUUCUCCGCGACCGUUUCGACAGCGACGGGCUAGAAGAGGAUAGCAGACUGAAGAGACAGGCCGAUGAGGUGUUCUUUAACAACCACGAGGUAGAACCCGAGAGGAACUGGAACCAGAAUUCAGGUUCGUCUUGGAAUCGGCCUCAAAGACCAAACAACUUAAACCCAUUUACUUCAAGACCGAACACUAGACCAACAUCUACAUCAACCACUACCACCAGCAGACCGCCUUCACCAAAUGAUGAAGCCGGUCGGUUCUUUAUUCAGUACAACAACGUUCCUAUGGGGGUGGAAAAAGUCGGAAAUAGACUCUUCAUUGCCUUGCCUAGACGGAGACACGGUAUCCCAACGACACUGAACUACAUAAACCUGGAACAGGAAGCGAAUACGCGCUCCCCCGCUCUGACCCCCUACCCUGACCUCAGGCAAGGUCGGCGCCUGACCUCUGUCUAUCGGACGCGGGCCGACCAGUGCGGCAGGCUGUGGAUGGUGGACACCGGGCUAAUGGAGAUACCUAAUAACCCUCAGCAGGCUCAGCCCCCAGCGAUAGUCGUAUUCGAUCUGGCGACAGACACCCAGAUCCUCAGAUACCCGUUCAAGAGUUCAGAUGUGCCAGCUGCGAACACACCUACUGGACUAGCCUCAAUCACAGUGGACGUCAUAAAUGGCGACUGCUCCAACACAUACGCUUAUGCACCAGAUCUGACCACGUUUGGCCUCAUUGUGUUCUCCCUGCGAGAGCGGGACAGCUGGAGGCUGCAGCACAACUACUUCAGCUUCAAUCCUACUGCUGGGAAUUUAAAUAUUGCAGGUCACCGUUUCCAAUGGAGCGAUGGCAUCUUCAGCAUCACGCUGAAUGACCCCGACCCCAGCGGCUGCAGGACAGCAUAUUUCCACCCCCUCAUCAGUACUGAGGAGUUUUCAGUAAACACUUGUGUACUGAGGAACAGAACAGCCAGCAGCGCCAGCGACUAUUACCAGAGGUACUCGUUGGUAGGAAACCGCGGCGAGGACUCCCAAUGCACCAUGCAUGGCUACCACUCCGCCUCCAACGUCAUCUUCUUCGCCGACAUUGGCCGUAAUGCUGUCUCCUGCUGGAAGACCUCCAACAUCCUCAAUCCUGGGAACGUGGCUGUGCUGGCUCAAGACAGCACUAGAAUGAGCUAUCCUUCCGAUCUUCACGUGACAGAUGACGAAGUGUGGGUGAUGGCGAAUACUCUGCCCCGCUUCGGCUACUCGCGCCUCGACACUAACCAAUACAACUUCUACGUGUACAGGGGUAAUGUUAAUGACCUGAUAACGGGAACAGUGUGUGAUGGACGCACUUCCUACGCCGGCUGAAGAUAAGAUUAAGAGAGUUUAUGAUUUUUAUUGAAAUACAAACAAUUUUGAUUCAACAA